AUGGACGGCGCCCUGGACCCCUUCCCCGCCGACCGCCUCUUCCCCGGCUCCAGCUUUCUGGACCUGGGCGACCUGAACGAGGCGGAUUUCCUCAGCAGCGCGCACUUCUCUGAUCACCUGGACCACUUCUCAGAGAACAUGGAGGAUUUCUCCAACGACCUCUUCAGCAGCUUCUUUGAUGACCCCAUUCUCGCCGAGAAGAACCCUCUCUUGGACAUGGAACUGGACCCACCCACCCCAGGCAUCCAGGCCGAGCACAGUUACUCACUGAGUGGGGACUCAGCCCCACAGAGCCCCCUCAUGCCUGUCAAGACAGAGGACAAUCCCAAUGAGCUGGAGAAUGGCAUGUGGUCACUGGGGCACAAGCUGUGUUCCAUCAUGGUGAAGCAGGAACAGAACCUGGCACCCGAGCUGGCGGGUGCCACCCAGCUGGCGGCCCCCGCAGCCCCCCUGCUCAACCUGAACCCACUGCCCAGGCUGCCUAUCCCUCAGGAGGCUACAGUAGAGAUGACGCUACCACCAGUGAUCAAGGCGGAGCCCCGAGAGGCAAAUCAGUUCCUUAACGGGACACCAGAGGACCUGGUCCAGAUGCCUCCGACACCCCCCAGCAGUCAUGGCAGCGACAGUGAUGGAUCUCAGAGUCCCCGCUCCCUGCCUCCUUCCAGCCCAGCCCGCCCCACGGCUCGCUCAUCCACAGCCAUUUCUUCCUCCCCCCUACUCACAGCCCCUCAUAAAUUACAGGGGACAUCGGGACCUCUGCUCUUGACGGAGGAAGAGAAGCGGACAUUGAUCGCUGAGGGCUACCCCAUCCCCACCAAACUCCCCCUCACCAAGGCUGAGGAGAAAGCGCUGAAGAGAGUCCGAAGGAAAAUCAAGAACAAGAUCUCUGCUCAGGAGAGCCGCCGGAAGAAGAAGGAAUAUGUGGAGUGUCUAGAGAAAAAGGUGGAGACAUUCACGUCAGAAAAUAACGAGCUGUGGAAGAAGGUGGAAACCCUGGAGAAUGCCAACAGGACUCUGCUCCAGCAGCUGCAGAAGCUCCAGGCCCUUGUGGCCGGCAAGGUCUCCAGACCCUACAAGAUGGCUUCCACUCAGACGGGGACCUGCCUCAUGGUGGUGGUAUUGUGCUUCGUCCUGGUCCUGGGCUCCAUGAUGCCGUGCCUCCCGGACUUCUCCUCCGUAUCCCAGACGGUGAAGGCGACUCCUCUGCCAGCCGCCAACGUGUAUACAGCGAGUCAGUUGCCAUCCCGAAGCCUUCUCUUCUAUGACGAGGGGGCCGGCUCCCUGGAGGACGGCUACAGCUCCCUGCUGGCCGUGGAGGAGGGCUGGGAGGCCAAGCCGAGAUCCCCGGAGGAGCAGCCGUCCCAGGAUCUCCAGCCCCUUGGCCACCUGGCCAUGUCGCACGAGGCCACCAAGUAUCUGAGCAAGUCCCAGCUGGAGGCACCAGAUCAGAACCGCACUGGCCCAGAUUUCACCCACCCCAAGGAGCAGUUCCAUGAGAGGGACCAACACCCCAAUGACACGACCAAGUACUUGUAGCACCUGCCAGAGUGCAGCGUAGACUCCCAGAUGGGGAGAGGGGUUGGGGGUGGAGGGGGCCUUGCCCCCGCCCCCAAGUCAAACCUUGCCCUCUCCCUCCCACUGCCGGCCUCCAAGAUGCCCAUCUCCUUCAACCGCCCUCGCUGUCCCAGUGUCUCUCUGCCCCACUCUGCCCCUCCCCCACCCCCCCCACCCGCCCAGCUAGCACUGACUUGAAGGAGAAGACUCUUUGGGUCGGUGAGAGGGGUUUGCCCUAGGUGGAGAGGAACGGUCCUGUGCCAACUGCCCAGAUGGGGAAACUGGAAACUCUUCAGAUUCUAAAGAAUUCAACUGCCUCUAUCCCGUCCUGGGUACCUAAUUGAGCUGAAAGGGGAGGGAGGGUCCUGCCCGCUCUGCUAGGGCUGAAAUUUGGGUCUUUCCCCUUGCCAAAGCCUGACCCCCAUGGCCUUCAGCUGGGUCACUCCAUCAGGGCCCAAGCAGCUGCCUCCCUGUUCCCUUUUAAUUCUCCCAGGCUACAGCCCCUCUCCACCCCAAGCUGCAUUUGGACUGUUCUCUUGGAAUGAGCCUUCAAUUUCCUUCCUCCCCAACAGCCUCACUUCCCUCCUCACUCCUCAUGUCACCCAGGCACUGUGCCUGCCGGCCUCCUCUCACUCCGGUCGGGGGCCAGCUGAGUCCCAAGCUGAGGCAGAAGAUCUGGUUUCACUGGGGGCCUCCGGUGUGUACAUAGACACCAUCACCACAUCCUCCCUCCCCCUCCAGUCAGGGCCUCCCCCAGCCCCUCACUCACCCCUCUCUGGGAAUCAGCAGUCUCAGAUAGGGGUGGCUGCCAGGGCCCAGGAUGGGAGGGGACCAUCCUCUGCAUCCCUCCCUUCGGAGGGAGCCGCCUCAACAGCAUUCGAGAUGUCCCAGGGGAUCCAGUCAUAGGGAGCAACGGGGACCCUAGGGGAGGGGAUGCCCUCUCUUCACUCUUUUCUCCCAUGUCCCUUCCCUUUCUGGGGGAAUCAAACCAGAGAGUGAGGCCCGGGUCCGGCCCCUUUGCCUCCCUGGACCAAAAUAUCCCCGGGACCAAUGAUGGAGGGGCUUCCCUCGGGGCUCCUGCCCGAUCCCCCUCUCCCUCCCUCCUUUCCCUCAGACAUACCACUGUGUUGCCCCCACCCCCACCCCAUGGCCAACAAAACCACUCUCCCCGACCAGAGGCUCCCCUUUCUGGCCCCAUUUGUGAGGGCCCAACCUGGGCCCCACUCCCCGCCGCUGUACAGAGACCAAGAGCAAAAAUUGUUUGUAAAUAAUGAACCUUAUUUUUUAUUAUUGCCCAUCCCUUAAAAUAUUGUAUUUUAGACACCCCCCACCCCCUCUUUUCCAUUUUGUAUUUUAUGAAGUUAGUGCGGGCUUUGCUGCUCUCCCCCCUCCUCCCCCCGCCACCCUGGGGGCUCACUCUGACCUGGGCCCUCCCCCCUGCUCUCCCGCUGCCCACGCGCCGGGCCUUUUUAUUCACUUCCCCUCUCCCCGUCCUCAGCUCAGCACAAGCUUUAGAGAAGCAAAAUAAAAAAAAAAAAGAUG